UUACCCUAUAAUAAUUUUGGCUGUGUGGUGAAAGCUGCAAGAUCAUUUCAAACUCUAUUUAUCAUAAAGGUUUCAAUUAACCAUAAUGACACAAGAGAAGAAUUUGAUACAAGAGGAUCGUAAGGUUUCUCUCUUAGAUUUACCUGAGUGGGCUUUAGACUGCAUUCUUGAGUACCUUUCACCAUUAGAUUUAUGCAAGGUAGCACAAGUGUGUUCUUGUUUGAGGAAUAGAAGCAAAAAUGAUUAUUUAUGGGAGAAACAAGUCAAUCAAAGAUGGGGUGAGUUGCUUGGUGAUAUAGCUUACCAUGAGUGGCAAUGGCAUACAGCAAAAAUGGUCAAUGAAGAAAUUUUAUUGUUACAUCAAAAUCAGAGUGGAUCAUGUGGUACUUUUACUGGUGUUUGGCCAUCUUUACACCUUCAUUCUUAUUUGGAAAAUUUUAGAGACAUGAUUAGUUUGCUUAGAAAUUGUCCAAAAAUGAGUUUGUUUAUCGCCCUUGAGACUGGUCAAUUCUGGUUUCCUGCUCAAGUUUAUAAGAAAGCAUUAAGUUGUUAUGAUGCCCUAAUUAGCUAUGACUCAAGAAAUGACACCUUCAAAGCAAGGAGUCCAAGUAAUGGUUGGAGAAUUAGAGGAGAUGUUGAGUGGGAUAUGUUGAGAAUACCACCACCUCAGACUUUUUUAUCUGACUAUUAUAAACCUAAUUAUAUCAAUAAUUUGAAACCGGGAGAUUAUGUUGAGGUUCAGAAGAGAAGGCGCAAAGAAUAUCCUUAUGAUUGGUGGUUUGCUAUAAUUGGUCAUUUGGAGUCAUGUGAUGAAGAUAUGAAUCAUUGCCAUUGUCAAUAUAGUGAAACAUUAGUAGUGGAGCUUAUCCUAUAUGCCCUCGGGAGUCGAUGGAGAAGAUCGAUGUUGCACAGAAAUUUGUAUGAAGAACAAGGUUCAAGGAUUUGUUGGUUUGGUGGAAUUAGAAAACUUAAUGAGGAAGAGAUUGAAAAGUGGAACAACAUCUUGUUAUCUAGACAAGAUCCUCCACAAUAUUGGAUGUAACGGUUUGAAAAUGUAUCUGGUAUAAAGGGGUGAGACUCAUAUAGAUUCUAUAAAUAAAUAAUUGGGUUUUAGAGAGA